UCUCCCAUAUUUAAGGAAGUUUCUUCUGAAGCAGAUUCUCUUUGAACGCGCCAAACUUUUUAUUUUCCUUUUCACGGCUGUAGUGGCUCUAGCAAGGCAGCGGGAAGAGCCCAACAAAACAGUUACACUAACAGAUUGCUUAAAUAGUGUGUGAUAGUGUGUUUGGACCGGUGUCCCAUCCAGGGUAUGACCCCACCCUGUGGUUAUAACACAGGUGGACAGCAGUUGUUUCCGUCCAUGUUUGAAGUGAACAUUGCAUCCCCAAGAACAGAAGAGUUAUAUUUUAAUGCUACGCGAGUAAAACGUUAUAAAAAUUAAUUGUUCCUUAUUCUGAAGGGCAAAUGCAAAAACGAUGUUACAUGGAAUAGUAAAACAUGCUGUUUCCAGUCGUUUUAAAGUUGUCCCAAAUUAAAUCCUGUUGCAGUUUUAUUGCAUUAUUUUAUUGCAAAGCCUUGGUGCCGCCCCCUAGCGGACAGCAGCGGCACUGCCAAGGCGGCGCUUUCUCAUUGUCCAUCGCACAUCCCUUCCAUCGCCACCUCCCUCCGACGGCGAGUUUAAAGAGGUGAUGGGGGAAAGGCUUCAGCAACGGGCUCAAGUUGAAGGGGGCAUCACAGGUGGGUGUUUUAGGGUGGAUUUAAAGAAAUAGGCCAUCUAUCACAUGCAUUAUCUGGAAUCUCUGCUAAUUCAGGAGGGACUACACAUCUGAGAAGACCUGCACCGGAAAAGACUGGCCCAUCGUGUUGAAGGUUGCAGAUACUGGGCCUUAUCUUCACAACGUAGGAUUUGAAAAAGCUGACAGAAGCCACCAGAUUUUCGCUUUAUCUCUUUAAGUCCUCGGACUAUUCCUAUGUAAGUUCUCUGGAGGUCCUGGAGCUCUCGCUAUCAAGGCUGACUCACUGCUCUAAAAACAAAAAGGACCUCACAAGCAGGACCCAAACAGUAGACCUUCCAUUUGCCUGUGGCCCGGUCCUCCCGCACCCCCAGCCGGGAUGAAUGACGCCCAGGAGCUGAUGUCCGGGACCUCGCCGGCAGCCGCCCUCAGCACGGUGCCCUCAGCUUGUGUGUCCAAGGUAGAGCUACGCGUCUCCUGCAAAUCCCUGCUGGACCGAGACACGCUGAAUAAAUCCGAUCCCUGUGUCAUCAUAAUGGUGCAGGCGCAAGGCCAGUGGACGGAGCUGGACAGGACAGAAGUCAUCAAGAGCAACUUGCAUCCUGUGUUCUCGAAGGUCUUCACGCUGGAUUAUUAUUUUGAAGAGGUACAGAAGCUGCGCUUCGAGGUCUAUGACAUCCAUGGCACGCACAGCAUCGGCACCCGUGACGACGACUUCUUGGGGGGUGUGGAGUGCACCCUGGGGCAGAUUGUGGCCCAGAAGAAGAUGGUAAAGCCUCUGUUGCUGAAAUACGGGAAGUAUGCUGGAAAGUCCACUAUCACUGUUCAUGCAGAGGAGAUCUCUGGAAACAAUGGAUAUGUUGAGUUUUCCUUCAGUGCCAAGAAGCUUGAUGACAAGGACCUCUUCAGUAAAUCUGACCCAUUCCUUGAGAUUUAUCGUAUCAACGAUGACAACACAGAGCAGCUGGUGCACAGGACAGAGGUGAUCAAGAACAACCUGAAUCCCAUAUGGGAGCCCUUCAAGGUGUCCCUAAGCUCUCUCUGCAGCUGCGAUGAGGACAAGAAGCUGAAGUGCUUGGUGUGGGACUAUGAUUCGAGGGGGAAACAUGACUUCAUCGGGGAAUUCUACACCACCUUCAGAGAAAUGCAGAAAACGACAGAGGAAGAAAAGGUCACAUGGGACUGUGUAAACCCAAAGUACAAGAGCAAAAAGAGGAACUAUAAAAAUUCUGGCUUGGUCAUCCUGAAUGAACUCAAGCUGCACAGAGUCUACUCCUUCCUGGACUACAUCAUGGGGGGGUGCCAGAUACACUUUACGGUUGCAAUAGACUUCACAGCGUCCAAUGGGGAUCCUCGGAACAGCUGCUCCCUGCAUUAUAUCAACCCAUAUCAGCCAAACGAGUAUCUGAAAGCCUUGAUAGCAGUGGGGGAGAUCUGCCAAGAUUAUGACAGUGACAAAAGAUUUUCUGCCCUAGGAUUUGGUGCAAGAAUUCCCCCAAAUUAUGAGGUUUCUCACGACUUUGCCAUCAACUUCAACCCGGAUGACGACGAAUGUGAGGAGAUCCAGGGUGUCGUGGAGGCAUACCAGACCUGCCUCCCCAAGAUCCAGCUCUACGGCCCCACCAACGUGGCCCCCAUCAUCAGUCGGCUAGCCAAGGUGGCGGCAAGGGAGGAGACAACCAAGGAUGCAUCACGCUACCACAUCCUGCUGAUCCUGACAGACGGCGUGGUGACCGACAUGGCAGACACUCGCGAGGCCAUCGUGCGCGCCUCCUACCAGCCCCUGUCCAUCAUCAUCGUGGGGGUGGGGAACGCCGACUUCACGGACAUGCAGAUCCUGGACGGUGAUGACGGAGUCCUGAGGUCACCCAAGGGGGAGCCUGUGCUGCGGGACAUUGUGCAGUUUGUCCCCUUCAGGGACUUCAAAACGGCCUCUCCUGCUGCCCUGGCAAAGUGUGUCCUCGCCGAGGUGCCCAAGCAGGUGGUGGAGUACUACAGCCACAAGGGCUUUGCCCCCAUGUGCCCCAUCGCCGACCCGUCGUACUCCAUUUCUGGCACCCCAGAAUAGCACUGAAACACGGACGCGCCUCCUACAGACUGCUCUGCGAACUGCAUGCCGGGGCCCUUCACAGACUUGGCCGGUAAGGGGAGGGAGGCCUAUCGCUCCACAUAUAAUACCUUUAAACAGCUACCUUGACACGCCCCACA